GGGGACGUAUUAUUGUGGUGCACCAGGGGAACAUACAGCGGGAGACACAAAUUACGAGAUGAGAUAAGUAGGCCUUUCCUGGAUCAUGGAUUUGCCAGACAUUCUACAGAGCCUUCGAAUAUGUGGAGGGACAGAGGGAGGGUCCCCCAUCUCCUGGGAUUGUCCGUCCCUCUCAGUGGUGAAGGUUCUAUCCCAGAUCAAGGACUUGUUCCAAGCAGAGGCCUCACCCAGAACCAAAGAGGACAUCUUAAAGAGCAUCCAGCAUCUUCUUGCGACUGGGGACAGCCACUGGCUUUUCUCAGACUGCUGCAACAAUGAAGGCACAAGUGUCAGGAGAGUGUACUUAGAUCUCACCAGUGCCCUCACUCAGUAUGCAGCUCUUCCACCCUGCGAGACUGACAGUGGGGAGCUGCCCACAAGCUCGUAUGCCUUGAUCCCUCAGAAGGCAGUAAAAGUUAGUGCCGUUCUUCUCUCCCUCAUCAAGAGGCUGGAGGACAGUAAGGAUUUAGUGUCCUGCAGCCGGGCUGCCACCCCAGUGAAAUCACUGGCACUCAGACUGAUGCCCUCCCUGUUUGUCUUUGCGGUAAUACACUCUCAAGAUGAGCCAUGGACAAGUACCCAGUCCAAGCAAGCCGCUGGCGAACUUUUAUCUGCCACUAUCCAGGCUGCUGGAUGUACAUCUGCUGCCGAGUUGCUGUGUGGAAAGUCCAGAGAUGAUGAUUCUGGGAUUUUAGGUUCUGUUUUGGAAAUGUUGAAGCCAGAACUGAAAAAGGACAUCUGGAUGCGAAACCAGGCCACAAAGCACAUCUUUUCCUGGACACUAACUCAAGUGAGUCGUCCUUGGUUGUCUGAAUUCCUGGACCACGUUUUCCCCCCAUCUCUGCUCUUCUCGGACGAUUACAGAACAGAGAAUGAAGUCCUGGGAGUCCACUGCCUACGUCACAUCAUCCUUAAUGUGCCUGCUGCUGAUCUACGUCAAUACAACAGAGCUGAAGUAUUGUACCAUGCUCUCUUCAAGCAUCUUUACAAGUCUGACCCGCAGCUAAUAGAGGCAGUCCUACCAUGCUUGCUAGACCUGCUCUCUGUCCUUGAAAAACCUCCAUCUAAUAUAGAUGCCCCCAGGAAAUCCAAUCGCUAUGAUGAGGUGCUGAGGCUAUUCCUCACACACAUGGAGAUGGAACACAAGAUUUCUCUGCGCCGAGUAUAUGCAAGGAACCUACCUCUCUUCACCUCUAGGCUGGGCAUUGUGACUGUUCGCCACCUGAAGAGGUUGGAGAGGGUGAUUGUGGGAUACCUGGAGGUUUAUGAUGGACCAGAAGAAGAGGCGAGAUUGUGUGUCCUGGAGGCCCUUGAAAGAACAAUUCAACAUGCUUGGCCAAGAAUGAAAUCCAGGAUAAACGUGCUGCUUAAGACCUUGUUGAGGCUCCUCUAUGAUGUAGCAACAGACCUCAGCCCCACUCCACCGGCUGUAAGAGAGGAACUAAUGAAGAGAGCCACACGCUGCCUCAUUCUCCUGGACCACAGCUGUCAGGGCACACUAAAGGUCCUCCUUAAAGAGGUUGACAGCAGCUGCACACACAUCCGUGUUUUGGAAUGCAUUGAGCAAGUUCAACAACAGGACACCCCUUUAUGGGGCAACAGUCCAGCAGAUUUUAAUUCAGCACAACUCCUAAAGAUGUAGUUGAAUUCUGUCUAUAAGAGUGUAACAGACUCUCCAGGUUCUUCACUUGCUGAUAAUCUAAAGAGACCUAUAAAAUCUACAGGAAUUCAGCUCUCCAGGACAGAGGGAUUCCAGAUGGAUUGUAUCCAACCCUUGCAGAGAAUCUUCAAAAUCAUGAGUCGGUUCCUUUAAUGGUGGAAUUGAAUAUUGACAUAAUCAGAUGUUGUUGCCAUACUCAUCCAAGUGUAGAUAAUGAAGACACUCUCCACAGUCAUUUUCUUACAUUAUGAAACAUUCACUGUGCCAUCUGUCCAUUUAGCAAGAGUAUUUCUGAUUAAGGCACUGGACUUCCAAAUCUGCUUUAAGCUGUAAGUCUUGAAUGAGACUAAGGUGCUUUUGCCCCUUAGCAAAAGAAGAGCGCUCUUAUGCUCUACUAAAUAUUAACGCUUCAACGCUAGAAGAGACUAAAAUCAUUGGAAUUCCACCCAAGUUCUUAAUUGAGUCUAUUUAUCUGUUUGUCAGGUUUUUGCAGUUGGUUCAAUUAUACCAGCUCAAAUCUGGCUUUCAAACCACAGUUGUAUCCCUUGCCUUUAGACUCAAGGAUGAAGAUUGUCCAAGUUAUAAAAAUUAUACAAAUUUGACAUUUGAAAGGGCUGUUUAUUGUUUAUAAAACAUUUACAUACCAUCUUGUGUUUCACCAAUGGGACUCAGCUUAUUGAGUUUUAACUGAAUAUGUUUUAAGCCACUGUAAUGUUGCUUCCAGCAUGGUUAAUAAAAGUAUUGUAAAUUUGAAAUAUCUUUUCUUAUUUUUGAAGAUUAAAGUGAUUUUUGAAUUUUA